AAAAUCUAUAAGAAAAGAUAUUUGUUCUUGACUGUCAAAUGAAAUUCAUCAAAAAAUUUUUUAUUAAUUAUUUUCUAUCUAUCUAGAAAUAUUUCUAGUAUUAAUUAUCAUAUGAUCUUAUAUUGUAGAUAUUGAUUUCUCAAAUAAAAAUGAGACUAUUUUUUAAUACUUGCCUAUAUUAUCGUAGAGCGUUCUAUCAUGUUAGACCACGUCAGAUAAAUGAUACUGUAACUAAAUUACUUAAUUCAAAAAAUGACCCAUUAAUUAAAAACAAAGAUAAUAUUAGAAAUAAUGAUAAAAUUCUUAAACUACCUCGAGGUACUCGUGAUUAUCAUCCAAAUCAAAUGAAAAUUCGUGAAGAAGUCUUUAGUACAAUUAUCAAUUGUUUUCAACAACAUGGUGCUAAUACAAUUGAUACACCAAUUAUGGAGUUAAUUACUCUUUUAAAAGAAAAAUAUGGUGAAGAUGCCAAACUUAUAUAUGAAUUAAAAGAGCAAGAUGAGGAUGAAUCAUUAGCUUUACGUUAUGAUUUAACUGUUCCAUUAGCACGUUAUAUUUCACAAAAUAAAAUUUCUGCUAUGAAACGUUAUCAUAUCGGAAAAGUUUAUCGACGCGAUAGUCCAAAAAUGACACGUGGACGUUAUCGAGAAUUUUAUCAAUGUGAUUUUGAUAUUGUUGGCGCUUAUGAUGCAAUGGUACCUGAUGCAGAAUGUGUUAAAAUUAUUGCAGAAAUUCUUGAUAAACUUGCUUUAGAACAAUAUAAAAUUAAUAUCAAUCAUCGUAAAUUACUCGAUGCUAUUUUUACAGUAUGUGGUGUACCUGAUAAACUUUUUCGUUCACUUAGUUCAACAAUUGAUAAACUUGAUAAAAUACCUUGGGAUAUAGUUCGAAAUGAAAUGAUUAAUGAAAAAGGUUUAUUACCAGAAACAGCGGAUAGAAUUUGGGGUUAUGUUCAAAUGCAUGGUAAUGCGGAUUUAAUUAAUCAACUUCGAAAUGAUUCACAAUUAACUUCUCAAAAAUUAGCUAUUGAAGCUUUGAAUGAUCUUGAAUUACUCUUUCGUUAUCUAGCAUUAUUUAAUGUUACAGAUAAAAUUGUAUUUAAUUUAAAAUUAGCUCGUGGAUUAGAUUAUUAUACGGGUGUUAUAUUUGAAGCUGUUCUAACACAAUAUCAAUAUAAUCCUCAAUUAGAUGAUGAUCAAAUAGCAGUUGGAAGUAUUGCUGGUGGUGGAAGAUAUGAUGAACUAGUACAAAAACUUGACCCCAAACAAAGAUAUGUACCUUGUAUUGGUUUAAGUAUUGGUGUUGAAAGAAUAUUUGCUAUAAAAGAACAUCAAUUAACAGAAUCGAAAAUUCAAUCAAAAAUAAUUUCAACUGAAAUUUAUGUAGCAUCAGCAGAAAAGAAUUUCUUAGAAGAACGAAUGAAAUUAUGUACUUAUCUUUGGGAAAAUGGUUUUAAGACAGAAAUGGCAUAUAAACGUAAUCCAAAAUUAUUAGAUCAAUUACAAUAUUGUGAAAAAAAUCAAAUUGAAUUAUGUAUUAUUAUCGGUAGUUCAGAAUUACACGAUGGUACUAUUAAAAUGCGCAAUGUGAUGACUCGAGAAGAGUCUAUUAUUCCACGAGAACAAUUAGCUGAACAAUUACGUAAUCAUCUUAUCAAAGUUCGACAACGAUUAACAGAAAAUAAACAACAAUAA